AGAUGAAGAGUCAUUUUUGUUUGAGAGAGUCAAAUCCAUGGGGAAGUUUGAUGUUGUUUACCUUUGAAUUGCAGCAACUAAAUCAAAACAACAAAAUUUCUCAUUCAUUUGCUUGAUAGUACCACGCUACUGUUAGUUAGUGUUCACUCAAGAACACAUACAAAUCUGCAGUGCAGAUCCCUCAAAUAAAACACGCAGAAAUGGAGAAGAUGAACCAGGCAUUGGAAAAGAUGAAGAUGCUUGUAAGAAUGGAGGUUGAAGAAGAAGAAUCAGCAGCAGCAGAGGACACCAGCAGCUCCUUCUCUUUCCUUACGGAAGAUUUCAAUCGGAACUGUACCCUCUCCACCCAACAGAGGCUCUACGGUUUUGCAAUAUGCUUUGUUUCCGGCUUGGCUUGUACUCUUUUGUCAAUGUUGGUUUUUUUCCACCCUAUUAAGUUUGGGAUCACAUUCACAUUUGGAAAUUUGCUUUCACUCGGAAGCACUUCGUUUCUCAUAGGCCCAAAACGUCAAGUCACUAUGAUGCUCGAUCCUGUCCGCAUUUAUGCUACUGCCCUGUUUCUUGCAAGCAUAAUCAUUGCCUUGUUCUGUGCACUAUUCGUUCAUAGCAAGCUUUUGACUCUUUUGGCAAUUAUUCUAGAAUUUGGUGCACUAGUAUGGUAUAGCUUGAGCUACAUCCCCUUUGCAAGGUCCAUGGUUUCAAAGAUCAUGUUAGCUUGCUUUGACACUGAAUUUUAGGCUGAUAUAUACACUUGGUAGAGAGCUCUGAGAUAUGGUUGGAGAGCACUGUUAUGCAAAGACAUGCAUGCAAUUUUUCUGCGGAUGUAUUCUAGGAGGUUAGUCCACCACAGGGUACCAGUAUACAAAAUUGAGAUGUGAUUGGUUUAUGUACAAAUUACCUUGAAUUCAAAUACCCGUGAUCUUUUUGACUUUCUUGUUUUCUAGGUUGUGAUUACUAAUCUUCAUGUUUAUAGACAUGACCCUGCCCAGAACCCUAUGAAAAUGAAUUGCUAACAAAGCUCUUAAUGA